AUGGCUAAUCAACGUCAAAGUCGUGUUACUCAACCCCCAGAAGGUGCCCUUCCACCUCCUCACUCUGGAUUACCCAAUGCAUCUUCGUUGAGUGGUGAUGUGUCUCCUGUUGUCUACGAUGGAUCUCAUCCUGGUCCUGGUCACGAUACCACUUAUACUAAUUGUUCGAAAUCCGAAAAGGGUUGGAAUCGUGUUAAAGGUGAGGAUGGUACUUAUUGUAUUCCUGGUAGUCCUGGAACUGUUAAACCACCUGCCGACGCUGCUGCUUCUGCUGCUGCUGCUGUUGCUGCUGCUGAUGCUAAACCUGAUGGGGUUGUUCCUGUUGUGGGUGCUGUUGGUGAAGCUCUUCAGUCUAAACCUCUUAAUCGUACUGACGCCGGUCCUUCAUCUACGAAUGUUGGUUCUCCUACUGAGGCUCAUAAUCGUGGUUCAAAGAGCAAGGAAGAAAAGUCGAUUGCUGCACACGCACAACAAGGAGGUGGUAAUAAUCAGCAAGACAAUACUGAAACCACUUCAUCUAAUGCUGAAGGAGCAAAAGGGACGCAGACCUCCGCACAAACUCCAAAUGCAUCUACAGAGGGUGAAUCCACUACCACCACCACAACAACAACAACAACAACAACAACACUUCCUCCUGAACUCACAAACAACAAGAAGGGUGAUGCAGACAGCAGCAGCAGUAUCAGCAGUUCUGUGUGGGUGCGUGUACCACUACUGAUUGUGGUUACAAUGGCCUGUAUUCUUGUGUGCUGA